CCCGUUUACACUUCAAGAUUAUCAACUUCUUUCGCCAUCCAAAUGUCAAAAGAAACUUGAAUAAAAAAUUCUGGGGUUCUUGAGCUUGAUUUCGGCAUGGGGGUACAGCGAGCUUGUGUGUGUUUGAUUUCUUGAAAAACUGGUCUGUGUAACUUGAGAAUUUCAGUUGCUGGAUCAUUGGGUUUGCAAGAAAAUGGAGUCCCGUUUGUAUCCGCAGAGAGUUUGGCGAAUAUUUUUGAUUUCUUGUAUGUGGGUCGCCAUGGGAGUCACUGCCAAGAAUGGAAAUUUCAGUGCUGUUUCUGAUAGGCCAAGUGUGGUGAAUGUUGGGGCUAUGUUCACUUUCUAUUCAGCUAUUGGGAGGUCUCUGGGGCCUGCCAUUUUUGCUGCAAUUGAAGAUGUUAACUCUGAUUCCACCAUUCUUAAGAAUAUCAAGCUCAAUCUCAUAGUACAGGAUACCAAUUGCAGUGGGUUUGUUGGAACUGUUGAAGCUAUGCAGCUGGCCGGGAAAAAUAUUGUUGCUGCACUUGGUCCGCAGUCGUCGGGGAUAGCACACGUGAUUUCCCAUGUCAUGAAUGAGCUUCAUGUGCCACUUUUGUCGUUUGCUACCGAUCCCACUCUUUCGUCUCUGCAGUAUUCAUAUUUCCUUCGUGCGAUCACCAGUGAUUAUUACCAGAUGUAUGCAAUUGCAGACCUGGUAGAAUAUUUUGGAUGGAGAGAAGUAGUUGCCAUCUUUGUGGAUGAUGACUACGGUAGAAACGGGAUUUCCGUAUUGGGUGAUGCACUUGCCCCUAAACGUGCCAAGAUUUCUUAUAAGGCAGCAUUUCCUCCCGGAGCUGCAAGAAGUGACAUUGACAGCUUAUUGGUUGGAGUUAACCUGUUGGAAUCGCGGGUUUUUGUUGUUCAUGUAAACCCUGAUUCUGGUCUCACUAUUUUUUCAGUAGCGAAGAGGCUUGGAAUGAUGAGCAGUGGUUAUGUUUGGAUUGCUACAGACUGGCUUCCUUCUGUUCUAGAUUCUUCAGCAUCCAUUGAUCCCGACACCGCUGAUCUUCUACAGGGAGUUGUCGCACUUAGACAUUACACUCCAGAUUCUGAUCUCAAAACAAGAUUUAGUUCUCGAUGGGGAAACAUAAAGAACAAAGAAACCACAAAGUUCAAUUCAUAUGCUCCAUAUGCCUAUGAUUCUGUCUGGAUGCUUGCCCGGGCGCUUGAUUCUUUCUUCAAUGGUGGUGGAACUGUCAGUUUCUCCGAUGAUCCAAGAUUGCGUGACCAAAACGGGAGUGCCCUUCGUUUAACAUCCCUCCAAAUUUUCGAUCAAGGCCCAAAGUUGCUCCAGAUUCUUACUGAGAUGAACUUCACUGGUCUAACUGGGAAAGUUCAGUUUGAUUCAGAGAAGAAUUUGAUUACUCCAGCAUUCGAUAUUCUUAAUAUUGGUGGAACUGGGUCACGGAGGAUCGGUUAUUGGUCAAAUUACUCUGGUUUGUCUACCGUUCCUCCAGAAACUUUAUAUUCAAAGCCACCAAACACUUCUAACAGCAAUCAACAUCUCUAUAGUGUCAUAUGGCCCGGUGAAACUACAACAAAGCCCCGGGGAUGGGUGUUCCCCAAUAAUGGGAAGCCUUUACAAAUUGCAGUGCCUUAUCGGGUUACUUACCCCGAUUUUGUAACAAAAGAUAAUGGGCCAUUAGGGGCUAGAGGAUUUUGCAUUGAUGUGUUUGAAGCUGCUGUUGAGUUGUUGCCUUAUCCUGUACCUCACCAAUAUAUCUUAUAUGGAGAUGGUCGAAGAAACCCUUCAUUUGGGAAUCUUGUUAACGACGUCGCACAAAUGAAAUAUGAUGCAGCUGUUGGGGAUGUGACUAUCACUACGAACAGAACAAGAAUGGUGGACUUUACACAGCCUUAUAUGGAGUCUGGGCUCGUUGUAGUUGCUCCGGUGAAAGAAACUAAAUCUAGUCCAUGGUCGUUUCUUAUGCCGUUUACUUGGCAAAUGUGGGCUGUAACUGGGAUCUUCUUUCUUUUUGUGGGAAGCGUCGUCUGGAUUCUUGAGCACCGGAUGAAUACCGAGUUCCGUGGUCCUCCAAGGCAACAGCUUGUGACAGUCUUUUGGUUUAGUUUCUCAACAAUGUUUUUCGCACACAGAGAAAACACAGUGAGCACCCUGGGACGGUUGGUGCUGAUAUUGUGGCUUUUCGUAGUGUUGAUCAUCAACUCAAGCUAUACGGCUAGUUUGACAUCAAUACUCACAGUGCAGCAACUUUCUUCCGGAAUUCGAGGAAUAGAUACCUUGAUCACAAGUUCGGAUCCGAUAGGGAUCCAGGAUGGCUCGUUUGCGUAUAAUUAUCUCAUUCACGAGCUGAACAUAGCAGAGUCAAGAAUCCGAAUAAUGAAAACUCAAGACGAUUAUGUUAAAGCCCUUCAGCAGGGUCCAGGUGGCGGCGGGGUUGCCGCCAUUGUUGACGAGCUUCCCUACGUUCAGCUUUUCUUGGCCAACACAAAGUGUCAGUUCAGUAUCGUCGGACGUGAGUUCACUAGAAGUGGUUGGGGAUUUGCAUUUCAAAGGGACUCACCGCUGGCGGUAGAUUUGUCAACUGCGAUCCUUCAACUUUCAGAAAACGGAGACCUUCAAAGAAUCCAUGACAAAUGGCUCUCCCGGGAUGGAUGCUCCGGCCAGAGCAACCCCAUUGACGAGAGCCGUCUUUCCCUCAAGAGCUUCUGGGGCCUGUUCCUAAUAUGCGGCAUUGCCUGCUCUAUUGCUCUGGUCAUCUUCUUCUGCAGGGUUUUAUUGCAGUACAGCAGAUACAGCGCAGAGGGAGAGCAACGGGACAUCGAGGAAGACGAACCUGCACGUCCCAGUAGGCGCUCCCUGCGCGCCCCCAGCUUCAAGGACAUAAUUGAUUUCGUCGACAAGAAAGAAGCUGAAAUCAAGGAUAUGCUUAGGAGGAAGAGUGGAGAUUCAAAGCGGCAUCCGAGUCAAGGUUCCGACGGACAGAGCAGCUAAAAUCAUCCCGUCCCACGGACCGGCCCGACCUAUUUUACGUGUACAUUCUCAACACAAAGGUAAAUUCUAGUUAGUAUUAUACUAUCACCUUAUGCUAGUGCUGGCGCGUAUGCAGUAUUUUACUGUGGAAAUAGCCAUUUGUAUAACUUAAAAGGAAAAUACACAUUAAUUUCAAUGACCUUUCCAGGGAGUUGAUAUAAUUAUUGAUCAUACCAAGAUCUCAUUCAUAA